AUGCGGUACUAUCUUAUCGAUGGUAUCUAUCCAAAAUGGCCAAAAUUUCUAAAGAUAAUCCCAUCUCCACAAGGGAACAAAAAGAAAUAUUUUGCUGCAACACAUGAAUCAACAAGAAAGGAUAUAAAGAAUGCAUUUGGGAUCCUUCAACAACACUUUGCAAUCGUUCAUGGACUUGCUCAAAUGUUCAAAAUCAUUAAUCUAACAAACAUAAUGAAAGCAUGCAUAAUUCUUCAGAACAUGAUCAUUGAAGAUGAGUGUGAUGAUAAUGGGGUUCCCAAGUUCAAGUAUGAACAACUUGAUAAGGAUCUGCCUGAAUUGUCACGCAAUCCUGCAACUAAACUCAUAGAGUUCAUUCAACGUUACCAUGCAUUAGAGAUACUUUGGCUCAUUAUUACUUCCAAUUAG